GCACCAAGGUCUUGGUCGCGUGCCUUGGUAAGAAGUCAUUGAGCCGUGGCGGUGCAGCUCGGUGAUUGAAUCAUGGCUCGCGCAGAAGCCUUCUCGGCCUUAUCAUGCUAUGGAUUCCCUCCAGUCUUCCUACACCAGCAUGCGACGAUCUAUAGUACACCAGCACCUCAAUGCUGUCGUACAAGGGUUAUGAAAUAUCAUGGCCAUGCCUCAAGAGUAAGCCUGUGAGGGGAGUGCUGGCGACUAUCCUCUUCCUCAUAUCCGCUUCCCUCCUGCUGCAUUUCCAAACGAGCACACCCGCUGUUUUACAAGAGGACACCCGCGAGCCGAUUCCGGAUCCUCCCAAAGGCCGUCUCCAUCUCCUCAUACCUGCGACAAGUACGAAUUCGGAUCUAUGCAAGCUGCUACUCUCCGCGCAAAUUCUGGGCUAUCCUACGCCCGUGCUCAUCAACUACGGCGAUCAUGAAGAGAAGGAUCCAUACAAGCAACACUUGGGCAAAGUUGAGGGCAUCCUCAAAUACCUUGAGCAGAUCGAAUCAAACGACGAAUAUGCUGAAGAUUUGGUGCUGAUCAUCGACGGCUUCGAUGUCUGGUUUCAACUACGACCCGAUGUGUUGAUCCAGCGUUACUACGACAUCAAUGCAGCAGCGGAUGCAAGAGCUGUGGCAACGUAUGGACAAGAAUUGGUGGAUGAACACGAUAUACGGCAGACUGUGAUUUUCGGUCCGGAUAAGAUCUGCUGGCCGGUGGACUUUAGUCGUCCUGCGUGUUGGGCUGUUCCGCAGAGUCCCUUCCCGGACUCUUCGUUCGGUCCAAGGUCAACGAAGGACGACGCCGACGAGCGGGACCGGAAUGCGGCACAGUGGUUGAACAGUGGUACGGUGAUGGGACCUGCGAGGGACAUGAGGGAUGUCUUCAAGGUGACUCUAGAAGAGAUUCAGUCGAAUUACCACGGUGACUCGGAUCAGUAUUACUUCUCCGGCAUCUUCGGCGAUCAGGAGUACGCUCGGAUCCAGAGAGUUCCUCAUCUUCUCGAGGCGGCCAAGGAAAGGAGCAUGCAUCUUCGUGACAGGGAGGAUUUUAGCAACGGCUUUCGUUUCGAACCACUUUUGUUUGGCAAAAUGAAGGAGCAUCACAUCGGCAUCGACUACUCGCUAUCGAUGUUCCAGACGCUCGCAUUCUGGCGACAACACCUCUCCUGGAUCCGUGCAUCCGACAUCUGGACGCCUCCUGCCAGCUCUCCAUACCCACCCUCCAGCGCCCACUUCUUCAGCCUUCCUGCUGAUGUUUCAGCUUCCACAUCACCCUACGCGGCUCUCAAGUCCAGCCAUCCACAACGCAACACCACAUGGUCCGAAGUCCCGCUCGCUUUCAACUCCAUCACUCACCAAAUCCCUGCCCUUCUCCACGUUACCGGCGGACCUCACGAGAAGGAAUUCCGAAGGAACUGGUGGCAAAAACUCUGGUUCCAGUCCCAUGCACGUGAGCUGCGCGAAGCAAGCUUGUCGCUGGAUCAGAAACGUAUCUCCAAUGAGACGAUGUGGGGGUACAUGUGGUACAAUGCCGAGGCAGAUGAGAUUGAUAGGGAAGGCAUUGUAGGUGGAGGUCUAGGAGGCGUGUGGACGGAUCGAAGGGGCUGGUUGAGCUGGAAGAGGGUGUGUGGGAGGGUGGAAGGGGAGAUUUUCGACGUACCCGAUCAGGAGUGGUUUCAUCCAGGGCCAAAGUGGCCGGAGACGGAGCUGGAACCCGAGUUGGAGAUGGACGAGCGUCAAAACGGAACCGAGCUUACGGCUGCACCUUCUCCGCUUUCUGCUGAUGAGCCAAAAGACGAGGCGGCGAUGCCUUCCGAGGGACAUUCUGGAAUCCCAGAUAGCCAGUCAGACCUUGCUGCCGAAGCUCCCUCUCACAACCACAAACGUCCACACCAACAUGGGAAGACCUUUGGCGCCAAGCUGAUCGUGGCGACGGGAGACGAAACAUCAUCUGAUGUCGAUUGCAAAGUCGGCCGCCGAGGACCGGUAUUUAUCAGGACCAACGAUAGUCUGGCAUUCAGGAUGAUGGCGAACAAAAGCAUCAGGAUUCUUGUCCUCGUGGCAUUGUCCUGGGUCUGCCUUGCGGUCUACUUCCUCCUCCCACAGGAGAAAUUCGAGCCCUACCUCUCCUUCUCCUCCCACAGCAAUGGGUCUGCGAUCCCUCCAGCAUCCUCCCUACCCCUAAAACCCGCUGCUCUUCACCUCAUCGUUCCGGCCUCUAACCCGGACCCAAACCUCUGCAAAGUGCUUCUUUCCGCCGGCAUCCUCGGCUACCCGUCUCCAGUCAUCGUGAACUGGAACCACACCUUCGCUGACGAUCGCUACGUCGAAGGAGGGUCUCAUCUCGCCAAACUCUCCGGCGUGGAGACCUACCUAUCAUCCUUGGAGGAUGCUCAGGAUGAAGAUCUCGUGCUCAUGGUCGACGGCUACGACGUAUGGCUUCAACUCCGGCCGCAGACUCUCGUCUCUCGCUUCUACGAUAUCAACCGUAAGGCGGACGCUAGAUUGGCGAAAGAACUCGGACCUGCGCAAACGACCUGGAAUAUCCAUCAAGAAGUAGUGUUUGGCGUGCAAAAGCGCUGCUGGCCCUGGACUUUUGACGAUCCGCCUUGCUAUGCCGCUCCGGAGUCCACACUGCCGGCGGAUAUUUACGGACCGGAUACCGACACGGACAUUGGAUCCGAACCCAAUCCAUAUAUUAAAUUCCGUCCUCGUAUGUUCUCGCGCAUAUCAUCGGCGACCAAAAUGUGUGGCGAGAAGCCGUGA